UUUGGACAUAGUCUUGUUGAUUUGUGCACGAUCCACAAGGUCCAAAUAUGGCUAGAACCAUGUCAUUCUGUACGUAUGGGAUUGCUGUCUUUGUCAUGUGGCUGCUUUUUGACAUAUGCCAAUGUACCUCUAAUGCAAUAAGGGUUUCUGCAGAGCCACAAAUUAAGCCGUUAUAUCUUAAUGUAUCAGAGUGGAAGGGAGACAACGUUGUUACUAUGCAUGGUAGAUUUCAGUGUCCAUCAGACACGACAGCAGAAUUUGAAGGGAAAACCAUCCGUUUUGAUAAAGUUUCGGACUCAAACGAUGGUUCAUCAAACUUCGAAAUGGUUCUGUAUGACGACCGAUGGGGCUGGUUGCCCCGUCUUACGUUGAAGUCAAAAUCUGCUUUAGAAGAAAUGCACAUUUAUUUGAGUGAUGUAGUAGACGACUCUGUACAGACAAGUUUCUUGGGAAGAAACUGUUUAGUUGGAAUCAACAGGUCAUCUGAAAAGCAAUCUAUAACCUACACUUCCGUCAUACAGAGCUGUAACAGUGCUUCGAUUAUCGAGAAGUUCAACAUUGGACUAAAUAAGUCUGGAGAGAUUAUAAGGCUCGAUUCAGAUGUAUACUGCUAUGGAUCAAAUGAAAAAUAUGGAAAGUAUUUCAAGUCGACGUGUUCUAUGUAUGUAUCCGACGAUCCGUUGUACAUUACAUUUUACGAAGAUAAAAUGGCUGCUGACAACAUUGAGCUGUACUAUCUCACGUACCACUUCGAACCCAUUGGGCCUUGUAGCCACAACUGUAUUGCGGAUAUUAAAAGAUGGUUUUUCUCAGUCGUUUAAUUUCAGGAGAUAUCAUUUACUGAUAUAAUCACAUAUUCUUAGGGGUCAUUUUUCAUGUGUUAUUUUUUUCUUAAAGCACAUACUUUUGUUUUUGGGGUUGAUCCCACUAAUGAUAAUUUCUUCGUGUAAUAUAUAUUCCAUUUUGUAUUUCUUGGUGGACAUGAAUUCGGACGUCUUUUAACUUGAAAGCAACAAAAAGUAACCCCGAAGAAAAUGAAAAAAAUGUUAUAGUAAUAAAAACUGACGAGAAAAUGAAUUAAAAUUGCACAAAAA